AUGAAGGUUGCCUGCUGGGCGACACCGUACUGCGAUUCUAUCCUCGUGGACUUUGCGCACUGCUACAACAUCUCUGGAACGCUGAAAAGUCCCAACGGCGACGAUGGACGAAGCGAAGUUUACCAGCGUUGUCUCUGCAACGAUCGAGGAACUGUGUACAAAGACAUCCUCACGAACUACCAAGCGCAAAACACAGACAACGUAACGCAGUGCUACGCAUGCAUGAAGCAAGCCGGCAUCGAAGUAGACAAGAACAGCGAACCCAGCCUACAAAUGCGGUACAAGAUCCAUAAUUUCUGCAACACCGCAGUGCCGAACCUAUACGAUUUACUCGCUCUCUUCCUCGUCUGGCUCAAGUCCACCGACGAGCCCGUAGACAAUAACACCGAGCUGGGCAACAUACCCUCGAUAUCUACCUUAGCCGAUCGCUUCACAAAGACAGAUGUAAAUCAAGCUACUACAACGGUAGCCAGCUCGGCUCAGAACACAGAGACGUCAUGGCUUGGGACAACUACCGAAGCACUGGCCGUAUACAAGCUACGGCGCGGCAAGAAAGGCAGGCCAGACUACCUCGUUCCCGUUGACAGACCCCAAUUCGACAAGUCAAACGGUGGCAUGGCUGUUCCAUGA